AUGGCUGUUGCCAUGGCAUCAGACAGGGUAUCAGAUGGCAUGGCGUUGUUCGAGGACGUCGCAAUGCCGGCGAGGGGAAACGAGCUGAGCAGCAGCCUGAGCAUUCUUGGCGACUUCCUGGCGUUCGCUCCCAAGGGAUCAACCUCGAUGGUGGUCAUGGCCAUGAGACAGCAAGGGUCGGGGCAAGAAGGUGUUGGGGUGAGGAACAAGACAUCCAUCCAGUGCCAGUGGAGCAUCUCGAGCUUCUGCUGGUCAACAUGGCAAGCAGCUGCGGUGCUGCUGGACAGCGGAGCAGGAGGGAUACGCGUGUGGAGAGUAACGCUGGAAGGAGAGGAGCUGCUGAUUCAGUCUGUCGCUUUCUUCGACCCAUGCUCAUUUCACUUCGAUUCACCUCCUACCCCGGCAGCUCCUCCUUCCUUCGUCUUCCACGAGCUCUCCGCCUCUCAGGCAGCUGAGCCGCUGGUGUGUGCGAGUGUGAGCGAGAGGAAGGGAGGGGCGACUCGAGAGUUCGUGCUGCUGCUGGCGAUGGAGGCGAAGGAGGCGAAGGAGGAAAGCGGAGAGAUGAGCCUCGAGACUCCAUCGCCUGGUGCCAAGGAAGCCAAGGCACUCGCUCCCUCUGUGUGA